AUGUUAGCGCCACCACUGCUAUUCCUAGCUCUUGCUGUCGUUCUUGCUGUCAUUCAAGCCGUAUACACGAGAGCCAAGAGAAAGAAGCUUCCCGAGGGAGUUCGCCGUCUCCCCGGGCCAAAAGGUCUGCCCUUCAUUGGUCGGGUCCAUGAUGUCCCUCCAGAGGCAACAUGGCUCAAAUUUUAUGAGUGGUCCAAGACAUACGGGCCUAUCUACGAAAUGGAAAUCUUUGGCACUUCCCACGUCUGGAUCUCAGAUGAGAAGAUAGCUCACGACCUUCUUUCCAAGCGCAAUGCGGUUUACUCUGAUCGUCCAGUUAUUCCCAACCUGCCGGAUAACCGCACAAGCGGUGACUAUCUCGCGCUGCUGGGGAGGACAGAUACGUGGAAGCGCCAGCGCAAACUCUGCCAUCACCUCAUGACUAUCAGUGAGAAGUCGUCUCUCCAUGGGUACCCCACACAGGAGCGAGAUAGGUUCCUGUAUCUCAUGUCCCAAGACAGUGAUAACUACAUCGAGUGGAUCGAACAGUUUACCAGCCGGACUGUCUCCCGUCUUGGCUGGGGAAGCCCACACCCUGCCAAGAUUCUGCGCAAGACGACAUUUGGGCUUCUCGAGACCAUUUCCCCCUCCGGCGCCCUGCCGAACGUCAUCAGCUGGCUGGCUCAUGUUCCUGCAUUUAUGAGUCCAUGGAAGAGAAAGGAGCGCGCAAGGCACGAGCUGGAAGAGCGGCUAUUUAAGAUGAAUGUCGGUUUCGUGGAGAAGGGAAGGCUGACUGGAGACGCCAAACCGAGCUUCAUAAGGACGUUCUUGGAUGACCAAGAGAGGAACACCAAGGGGCUAGAUGAGAAAGACUGGAUGACAUCCACAGCUUCCGACAAGGGCGAGGCAAUGUACACGGUCGGCUUGAUGGCUAUUGCCGGUGCGCUUACAAUCGGCAGCCCUGUCCAGAGCUACUUGCUCGCCAUGUGUCAUUAUCCGGACUGGCAGGCGAAGUUGCAACAGGAGAUUGACUCGGUUUGUGAGGGGCGGUGUCCCCAGUGGGAGGAUCGGGAGAAGCUCCCUCUUCUCAGAGCUGUGGUGAAGGAAGUACUCCGUUGGCGGCCACCUGUCCCGACUGGGAUCCCGCAUGCUACCGAGAAAGACGACGUGUACAACGGAUACUUCAUCCCAGCUGGGGCAACGAUCCAUGCACUAGAAUGGGGAAUCACUCGUGAUGAAAGUCUUUACCCAGAGCCAGAGGCUUUUAACCCAGGUCGCUGGCUCUCGAAGGAAUAUCCGACCUAUCGCGAACCGCUCACCCAGCACCCAAACCUUAAUGGCUACUCUCAGUUCGGCUUCGGCCGCCGCACUUGCCAGGGCGUGCCCAUUGUGGAACAGGAUCUCUUCCUGACCAUGGGUGGCAUGGCGUGGGCCUUCGACAUCCGGAAACGGCGCGAUCCCAAGACUGGCGAGGAGAUGCCUGUACACUGGAACAGCUUCACCCCGCUGCUGAUCGCGAAGCCUGUCAAGUUCCCGUUUGAGGCUGUUCCGCGGGGAGGGGAGGCCAAGGUGAAGACGCUGAGGGCAAUGUGGGAGGCGGCCAAGGAGGAGGAUGAGGAGCUCGUGCUGAACAAGGAUGGCAGCCUGGAGCAUGUGACCAAGAAGUCUGAACAAGGGCUUCGCAAGCAUUGCGAGGAAUUGGGAGAGAUGGAUGACCGGAGUGACAGCGAUCAUGAUGUUCUGAUCAACGUGCGCGAGUCUUCCUCGGAGUCGGGUGAUGCAUCGAGUUGA